UUGCAAUGCUAUCUCGCGAGGAGCACAAGAUUGUCGUCUUCCCAGGGAGUUCACAUGCUAGCUGCUCGGCACCUGAGCCUCCAAUUAUACAAUAGCAGACAGAUGCGAAGCUGCCCUGUCCGAAGGAGCGUCAAGAUCUUGGGUCAUCGAUCUUCCGACGCACGCCUGGUCCGUCUUCAGAUACCACUACCGCCCCGGCGCGUCGAUUUGGCGCGCACAAACCCGAUAACCACCUCGCCGGAAUUUGCCACCGCACCAUCGCGCUCGACAUGGAUCCCGACGCCGAGGUCACGUUCGAGUUCGUGCCAGUGAUCCGGCAGUACAGGAGCGGCCGCGUGGAGCGCCUGCUCCCCGUGAACCCGGUCCCGCCCUCCGUGGACGCCGCCACCGGCGUCGCCUCCCGGGACGUCACCAUCGACGCGGCCACGGGCCUGCGGGCGCGCCUCUACCUCCCGGACCCCUCCGCGCGCCCCGGCGACGGCGACGGCGGGCGGCUCCCCGUCGUGCUCUACUUCCACGGCGGUGGGCUCGUGGCCGGGUCCGCGGCCGACGCCCCCGAGCACGCCUUCGUGAACCGCCUCGCCGCGCGGGCCGGCGCGCUCGCCGUGUCCGUCGAGUACCGCCUCGCGCCCGAGCACCCCGUCCCGGCGUGCUACGACGACGCCUGGGCCGCGCUCCUGUGGGCGACGGCGGCCGGGGGCGCCGCCGCCGCCGACCCGUGGGUCCGCGACCGCGGCGACGCGGCGCGCGUGUUCGCGGUCGGGUUCAGCGCCGGCGGGAACGUCGCGCACAGCCUCGCCGCCCGCGCCGGCUCGGAGCCGGGCCUCCUCCCGCGCGGCGCCCGGGUGGAGGGCGCCGCGCUGCUGCACCCGUUCUUCUUGUCGUCGUCGCCGGGCGAGAAGGCGGCGGAGGGCGAGGAGAAGUACGCGUGGGUGCGCGGCAAGCUGGCGGAGAUGUGGGCGUUCGCGUGCGGCGGGCGGACGGCGGGGUCCGACGACCCGCGCGUGAACCCGCUCGCCGAUGGCGCGCCGAGCCUGCGGCGGCUCGGGUGCGGGCGGGUCCUCGUGUGCCUCGCGGAGGACGCGCUGGCGGCCGAGGGCAGGGCGUACUACGACGCGCUGCUGGCGAGCGGGUGGGCGGCGGGCGACGCCGAGCUGCUGGACUCGAGGCCGGCGGACCACGAGUUCCACCUCCGCGAGCCCGAGAGCGCCGAGGCCGUGCUCCUCAUGGACCGCCUGGUCGCGCUCAUCGCCGGCGACCGGUAGAACCGCGCGCGUGCCCGAGUGCCGGUGCUGGCGCAGCGCCGUAAGGCUAUCCGCACUAUCUUACUCCAAAUUCAAUCUGUAAACAAAAUAUUAUAUCUUGGUCAUUGAGAUUCUCUACUCUAUAUUCAAUUUCUCCGCACCCAUUCA